CGUUGCCACACAGCUUCCUUCCGAAAUAGACCCGUCCUUGAGCCCCCCUCCUACCCAAAGAUGAAGAGACCUUCUCCCGCCACAUGAAUUGACAUGAAGGCUUCUGCGGCAAAAGACACUCACCUCUAGCAGACAUGCCGGGGUCAUUGUAUGAAAGCUCCAACCUGGAUCACGGCGGAAACAGGAAGAAGAAGAUAGAGGAAUUCUCUAGGUCUUCUCGGGAGAAAUUAGUCCAGUCGAAGAACAGAAUGUUCUCCAAAUUUACGUCCAUUCUCCAGCAUGCAGUGGAAGCGCUUGCUCCGUCGCUGCCGCUGCAGGAGGACUUUGUCUAUCACUGGAAGGCCAUUACGCAUUAUUAUAUUGAGACUUCAGAUGACAAAGCUCCAGUUACGGACACCAACAUCCCAUCCCACCUGGAACAGAUGCUGGACAUUCUCAGUCAGGAGGAAGGGGAACGGGAGUCUGGAGAGACUGGACCCUGCAUGGAAUAUCUCCUACACCAUAAGAUCCUGGAGACUCUUUACACACUGGGCAAGGCAGAUUGUCCUCCGGGAAUGAAGCAGCAGGUCCUGACAUUCUACACAAAGCUGCUUGCACACAUCCGUCAGCCUCUCCUGCCACAUAUCAGUGUUCACAGACCUGUUCAGAAACUGAUCCGUUUGUGUGGAGAGGUACUUGCUGCUCCAACUGAAAAUGAGGAGAUUCAGUUUCUCUGUAUAGUUUGUGCCAAACUGAAGCAGGAUCCAUAUCUUGUCAACUUCUUCCUGGAGAACAAGUCCAGAAGAAAUGAGACAAAGAAUCCUGGCGGGACGGAUGGGGGGAAGGAGAACGCGCUGGCUCCAGACACGGGUCAAGAAAAUGCUGCUUGCAGUGAGGAGACACAAGCUGCUUCGUCCAGCUCUAGUCCAACCAACAACAACAACAACAAUUAUAAUCUAGUGACCUCCCUGCUCAACCUCACAAAGAGCCCUGAUGGCAGGAUUGUAGUGAAGGCUUGUGAAGGCCUCAUGCUGCUGGUCAGUUUACCAGAACCUGCCGCUGCCAGGUGUUUAACUGAGAACACUGAGCUCUGUGAGCUUCUCACCGAGAGGCUGGUCACCCUCUAUAAAGCCCUUCCACCAUCGAUGGACCCUUUGGACAUUGAGACAGUGGAGUCUAUUAACUGGGGCCUCGAUGUAUAUAACGUGAAGGAGGACGCUGCAGUGUUUGCAGGGAAGAGGCCUCUCAUCUCCUUCCUCUCUUGGCUGGAUUACUGCGACCAGCUUAUCAAAGAGGCUCAGAAGUCAGCGGCCUCUGUGAUGGCCAAGGCAGUGCGAGAAAGAUUCUUCAAGUCCGUGAUGGAGCCGCAGCUUAUGCAAACGUCUGAGGUGGGCAUCCUCACGUCAACAGCCAUGCUGAACAGGAUCAUCAGGCAGGUGACAUCAGAGGCGCUGCUGCAGGAGAUGGUGUACUUCCUGUUGGGCGAGGACACCAAAGCCGAGACUCCUGUUGCUAUUGCACAGAGUCCACUCAGGCACAGACUCAUCGAGCACUGUGACCACCUGUCAGAUGAGAUUAGCAUCAUGACACUGCGGCUCUUUGAGCAGCUCAUCCAGAAGCCCGAACAGCACAUUCUACACAGUUUAGUGCUGCGUAACCUGGAAGAGAGGAACUACCUGGAGAACAAACCUCCCGAGGAGCGAGAGCCCAUUGAAAACGGCCAGCCUCAUGAUGCUGUCGACCUUGAAGAGGAUCCACUGUUUGGUGAUGACCUCUCUCCAGAUAGCAGACUCUCUGGUUCUGAUUGGCUCAGCCCCUCACCGUCCCAAAGUCCAGACCACUCAAGGUCUGAAGGGAAAACUGAAGUCCACAAGAUUGUCAACAGUUUCCUAUGUUUGGUGCCCGAUGAGGCAAAGUCGUCGUACCAAGUGGAAGGCAGUGGUUAUGACACCUACCUCAGAGAUGCGCACAGACAGUUCCGAGAUUACUGUGGCGUGUGUCAUCGCUGGGACUGGAGAGGAGCACCAAAACCUUUUGAAAAAUGUGACUUAGAACUCCCAUUUUUUGAGGGCCACUUCCUGAAGGUCCUCUUUGAUAGGAUGGGUCGCAUUUUAGAUCAGCCCUACGACGUCAACCUGCAGGUGACGGCGGUUCUGUCCAAACUGUCUUUGUUACCGCACCCCCACCUGCACGAGUACCUGCUGGACCCCUACAUCAAUCUGGCUCCUGGAUGCAGGUCUUUGUUUUCCGUCAUUGUCAGGGUGGUUGGGGACCUCAUGUUGAGGAUUCAGCGCAUCCCAGACUUCACCCCUAAACUCCUGCUGGUGAGGAAGAGACUGUUGGGUCUGGAGCCAGAGGGCAUCAAUGUCGACCACAUGACUCUGUUGGAGGGAGUGAUCGUGCUGGAGGAGUUCUGCAAAGAGCUGGCAGCCAUCGCCUUUGUCAAAUACCACGCAACUGCCUCUUCCUCGCCGUAGUCUGGCUGGGGGGAGGAAAAAAUGGGCUUUUAGCGGCACCUUUGGCACAGGGUGGGCAAAAACAUCACCACUAAGUGGUCGACUGUGCUGAACUGUGAACGCCCACACACACGCGUUCCAUCGCUCCCGGUUUGUGGCCACGGAGGAGCUCCAAGCUCACACACUGCCCAUCCCGCAGAGGAAUAAGAUGUGCUGACUGGGGUCUUACCAACCUCUCCCUGUUCUUUCACUGCCAUCUUCCUCACCAGCCAAUCAUCAUCAUCAUGCAAGUGUUGGGUGUGUAUUUAUUUGCAGGCAUGGACGUUGUCGUCUUAGUGUGGAAGCACACAUUCUUUGUGGAACAUUUUUACCUUGAACACGUCACGUGUUUGCCCACCCCCCUCACAGACCUGCAGUUACAUCCUCCUUCACGUGUAUUGUGUAGUAUUUACCGUACUACACGCACCUUUUAAAUGCCACAUCCACGUAUUUAUUGCUUUGCUUUCAGAUUGCCUUUUUUUUUUUUAAACCAACAAGGUAUUCAGAUGGAAUGCUUUUAAGUAGAGCACGUGCUUUUUACUGUGCUUGAAGACGAAAAGCUUCACUACUGCAGUCACCCAAAGAUGAAAACAUCCAACAUAUUGUGUUUAUGUAUGUGAUGUACGUACAUAUACAGUAUAUACGUGUAUAUAUAUAUGUCAUAUUGCACAUGCACCUCUUAGCAUUGCACUUGUUACAUUUUUGGUGAGUUUUUAGCUAAUGUCAGGAUGAUAUUUGUACAAAGACACAUGGCCUCUCAUGGUUAGUUUUGUAAAUGUUCUCCUGCUCACCCGGCGUUGCCUCACUGGGCUCCUCUCAUGCUUUUGAUGCCUUCUUAUACAAAGUCUUGUAUUGAAAAGCAGUAUUGUUGCUGUGCUUGCGUGGACGACCCAAAAAUGGUUUGGUGGGUUCUCCCCAUCAUAUUUCUCCACAGUGAUUUGAAUUUUCAUUCAUGUGUCUUAAGUUUGAUCAGCGAGUGUGUGAGAGCAAGAGAGAUGUGCGUUGCUCUUCCUCCUCCCUGUGGUGGUGAGCUGUGUGUGUACCGCUUGCACAGGGUCACAUUUGCACAGUUUUUCACAACAAAAGAUUUUGAGUUUUUCUUUCAUCAACCAAAAUCUAAAGAACCCAAUGCAUCACAGGAGUAACUUUAUUAAGAAAUGCUACUUUUUUUGUUCUUAAAUGGUCGAUCAUGCACGUUUAAUAAUCAGCAGCCUUUCCAACAUGUGUCCAGUUGUAUAUUGUUUGUGUACAAUAGCAAUAUAGAAAUACUACCUGGUGUCAAUGCAUGCUUUGUUGGAAGAGCACAAGGCUGAUUGUUGUGACACAUGACAAUGCCUUAACUUCCUGUUACUUUCUGUUGUCUCUUUUUGUUUGGACUCCGACCGGCCACUGUUGCUUUGAAUCCCAUCGCUGCUUUCCUCCUACGUGAAACAGGAGGAGACUGGUUUCUUUUGGCUAUUUUGAUUUGUGCAAUGCAGACGUGAAACAAAGGUGUUUGCUCUUCCCUCCCGAGGGAUUGAAAAAGCAGGCCUUUUGUCCUCACUGACUUUAUUUAUUCCUCCUCAGCUGUCUUCACUUCAGUACAAUCGUGCUCAGUUACGUCAGGCCAUUGUGCUUUUUUCCCCCCCAACUUUUUCCAUCGCAAUAAAAGAUAUAUCUCAGCUUGGUUUUGUUAGGUUGAAUCUUGUUUUUAUUACAAAAUGUCUGUACAAUAAAACAAAAAUACACUUGUACUUUUUAAGGGCAUAUUUCUUUUGAGAAGGGCUGGAAACUGACUUGUUGAGUGUGUCAGCACUCGUCAGUGUACAGGGACGGAGUCAUCUUUUUUUUGUUUUUGGUAGUAAACUCACAACCUUCAACAUCAUGCAUGUUCAUCUGCAAAGCUGUGUGAGGCGACUUGCAAAUAAACCUUUUUUACUUUGUACGGGUACAAUUAAGAAGCCCAGGAAAAGAGGCACUGUGGUGCUUAAAAAUAACAUAGCCUGGUCAUUCAAAGUGAUGCUGAGAUCAGUUGUGGAUAUGAAGAAGAGAUCACCGUUUCCCUGCAAGGAAACCAACGCUUUAAUGGCAAUAUUGAAGCUGGGUUGCUGUCGCUCAGCAAAUAAGGCAACACACUUUGCAGCAGCACAUUUGUGUUGUGAUGUCACAACCUUUACAAAAUCACUUUGAUUUAGUACAAUGAUCAAUAUGAAGU